AUAACAGGAACGUGUCUUGUUUACAUCACAUGGCUGUCAUUUCCUGUUCAAGGCUAAGCUAGCUAACAGCGACGAAGUAAUUUUAUGGGGUUUCUUUGAGAAACUGCCUUCAAAGACCAAAUCGUGCGACAUUAACAAAUUCUCAAGAAAAGAACAUUGUUACUGGAAGUGAAUGGCGGCGUCAAACAACGAUCCGUUUGAAUUCAGAGACUUUGAAGAAGCUGCAAAUCUGAUGGAUGCUAAUAGAGAUGUGGUCACCAUUAGCAUCGGGGAUGAAGAUCUGAAGGCCAAGAGGCAAGGACCUGCAGGUGGUUUUCCCCCAGAUGUUGCUGAUGAUGAUCCACUUGGUUCUGAUGACAAAACCGAGCUUCUUGCUGGGCAAAAGAAAAGUGCACCUUUCUGGACGUUUGAAUACUACCAAGCAUUCUUUGAUGUUGAGACCCAUCAUGUAAAGGAGAGGAUCAUUGGAUCAAUGUUACCUUGGCCUGGAAAGAACUUCAUUCAAGUUUAUCUUAGGAAAAAUCCUGAUCUAUAUGGACCAUUUUGGAUUUGCACCACACUUGUGUUUGCAUGUGCCAUCAGUGGAAACAUCUCCACUUUUCUGCACAAAUUUGGCAGUUCAGGCUAUAAAUAUACUCCAGAGUUUCAAAAGGUGACCAUCGCUGCUACAGCGAUCUUCACCUAUGCCUGGCUCGUGCCUCUUGGCCUCUGGGGUUUCCUGCUGUGGAGAAACAAUAAGAUCUUGAAUCUGGUAUCCUAUUCGUUCAUGGAGAUCAUCUGUGUGUAUGGAUAUUCCCUGUCUGUUUACAUACCAGCCGUGGUCCUGUGGAUUAUCCAAGUAGAGUGGCUGAGGUGGUGCUUCAUGGUGGUGGCCCUUUGUGUUUCUGGUUCGGUUCUGGUGACGACCUUCUGGCCCGCAGUCAGAGACGACAACCCCAGAGUCACGAUUGCCGUCAUCGCCAUUAUUCUGUUGCUGAACGCGCUGCUGGCUGUAGGUUGUAAGAACUUCUUCUUCAGCACUCCCGAGACAGCACCACAUAUAAAUGAUCUUGCAGCAAUGACAAUCAAACUAACGCCGCUGACAACGAAGCCUUUAAUUACCUGAAGGUUCCCUUGUUGCCUUAUUAGAAAGAAUCGGGUUCCUGUGCUGGUGAGGUCAUGGGUUGAUUGGAUUUCAACUGCACUCCAACAGUCUAGCUCGGUGCAGCAGCAGAACCUCUGAAAAUGAAAACUGGUUGCUGGUUUGUUACUUCUAAUGGGAUGGGUUCUAAACAUGUUUUAGGUUAAUUGGGGUGUAGUAUUUCACAGAAUACAUUAGCUCAGGCUUUGUGAUGCUUAUGUAAAAUCUGUGAAAAAGCAAGUUUGCACAUGGAGUUCAACAGUACAGAUGGUAUUUUAUAUGUGCAUUUAUUUUAUAUAUAAUAUAUAGGGCGAGUCUGUACUGUCUAUGAAGUUUAAUGUAUGAACAAUUAUUGGUGUUGAGAUUUUCCAGGAAUAUUUAUCAUAUACUCUGUAAAGGUAAAGGAGGUUGUAUUAAUUUUUCUUAAUAGUUAAGUGCCCUCAAUUAAUGCCAAAGCUUGGCCUGAAAAUUUUGUCAACUGAUUUUGUAAAUACUUUAUAAAUAAACUGUUUUCUUUGCAAACAGCUUAUAAUAAAGUGGAUUGAAUUUAUGGUCA